AGCCCCACACCUUUCAAACAGGCAGAAUCCUACAGUUCCUCCAGUCGGAAAGGUGGACGAAGUCGAAACACUUCUCCUUUACGGCAGACGGGGUCACUCAACACUUACCACAGAGGCUCCAGUCUCCCGCAGUCCUCUUCUCCCUCUCAGAGCCUCUCGCCGUUCAGACGGGCCGAGUCUAGCUCCUCCAUCAACACCGUGGGCUUACGCUCAAGCGGAGCGUCAUAUGUACAAGACCGGGCAUCCGUCAGUCCAACACGGAGCAGUUACACUGCACAGAAAAAUCUCAGAUCAUUGGCGAGUACAGUGGGCACAGUCAGCAAGUCUCUAUCCUACAUGGAUCUGAAAGGCUCUCAACAAAAACACGAACCCAGCAGCCGCAGCGGCUCGCCUCCAUCCAGACGGAGUUACGAUUCUCCUACAGCUCGAAAACCAGACAUAAAAAACCUUUCAUAUGACAGACUCAACUCCUCCAUCUCCACCAGCCGACAUGAUUCAAGAAGCCAGUCCCCUUCCAGACAGAGUUAUGAUGGUCGGAAAACUGAGAUAAAAAGCCCUUCAUAUGAGCGGAGCCAUGACAGACAGAGCUCCUCCUUUUCCUCAAAGGGCCGAUACGGUUCCAGAAGCCAGUCCCCAUCGGGGAGACCAGAGGAUGGUCUGAGUACAGAGGGGCGACGCAGUGCAUCUCCAGUCAGGAAGGGCUACGGGACACCAAGCCAAUCAGAACCAAGAUCCUUCUCUAAUAGGUGGAGAGAUGAGAGAACUAGCCCUGCCCCCACUAGGAAAAACUAUGAAGGACAAACCGCAAUGAAGAAAACAGAAGCAAAGAGCAGGCAAUCUUCUCCAAAUAGAGGCUCAUCAUUGUUUCGUAAGCCUGAAACAUCAUCAAACCGUGGCGUUAAGAGCCGCAGUUCAUCCCCAUUAGCCCAGAGCCCAUCUGUCUUGCAUAACUCAGAGAGUGGCCGGAGCCACUCAGUGUCCACCCUGAGGAGAGACCUGGCAGACCACAUCCCCAUGAGGAGCGACAGACCCAGCUCCACCUUCAGGAACUCUGCUGGUACCCAGCCUCGCUAUGAUCCAAUCCCAUCAACUGACCACUGGAAAGGCUCCGCCCACUCACUCCACAGCCAGUCAGCUUCUCGUCACCCCUCCCCCACUCGCCACAGUGGGGAGAAGAAGCAGAUCUCCUUCACUCAGUCUGUCCCAGUGGGCUGGGGGGUGCCACAGGACAGCAGCCGCAGGAGCAGCUCCAGACCAGGCCAUCAGGAGCACACCUCCAGGACUCCCCCUGUGAAGACACACACCUCCACCCCUAGUUGCCGGAGACAGCGCAGCCCCUCACCUCCAGUGCAGACACACAUCUCCACCCCCGGUAUCCGGAGACACCGCAGCCCCUCACCUCCAGUGCAGACACACAUCUCCACCCCCAGUGGCCGGCGGCACCGCAGCCCCUCUCCCCCAGCACAGACACACACCUCCACCCCCAGCGGGCGGAGACACCGCAGCCCCUCACCUCCAGCGCAGACACAUACAUCUUCUCAGAGCUCCAUGGACUCUGAGUCCAGCCAUCUGUCUGCGGGGUCGUCGGGUCUCAACCGGGAGGAGUACGCCAUGAUGGCCGACCUUCCCAAAGUCAAAACCGUCCUCCAGAGGGAGAGUCCGAGCCACUCGAUGAGGCCCGAGAAACGAGAACAGUCCCGCUACAAACCUGCCAGUCACUCCCACAGCAAAGCUCCACACUCAGAAUGGGAGGAUCUGGAGGAGGAUAGAGAGAGUGGCACACUAUCAAGGGCUCACUCGUCCAGCUCUCUACACACACAGGGAUUGAGCCGCCCGGCUGCAGAGCACACACACUCCAGCAGGAGCCCAGGACAGAAGCAGAAAACACACAGGCCGUCGGUGUAUUUCUCCUGCAGUGUGGAGCAGACUGAUGAAGAACCAGUAGAACAGGCAUGUACAUGCUGUUCUGGAGUUUUCCGAGAACCUGACCGCGCUGACGCUCUUCUGACGCGGAGCUUUUCAUCUGUGCUUGUGUUUGUGUUUCUGCGGCUGGAUUUGAACAUCAUGACGCCUGACCUGCUGAACUUCAAGAAGGGAUGGAUGUCCAAACUGGACGAGAGCGGAGAGUGGAGGAAACACUGGUUUGUGCUGACGGAUGCUGGACUGAAGUACUACAGAGACUCUGCAGCAGAGGAGAGGGAUGAGGUGGACGGAGAGAUCGACCUGAAGGCGUGUGUGAAGGUGUCUGAGUUUGACGUGGAGAAGAACUACGGCUUCCAGAUUCAGACCAGAGACGCCGUCUUCACUCUCUCCGCCAUGACCGCCGGCAUACGCAGAAACUGGAUCGAGAUCCUGAGGAAGAACGUUCGACCCGGCAGCUCUCCAGACCUCACACAACUGGCCAACUGCAGCAGCGAUAAAGAAAACACUCGUCAUCCAUCAUCCCUACGCCUGCGCAGCCAAUCGGAGGCCUCCUCCACCACCAUAAACCCCGCCCACAAUAAAUUUGACUAUGUAGAGCUGUCUCCCAUAGCCACACCCCCCACUCCCAUGUCUACCAAUCAGAGGGAGUCGGGGGAGGGGCAGGUGAGAGAGCACAGCCAAUGGCAGGAGACAAGGCCCUCUGAUGACACCCACAACCAGUGGGAGGCGGUGCUGUCGAGAAAGGGGGCGGGCCAGCUGUCGGAGCAGAAGCGAAUCGAGGAGGAGAUUGAGCGGAAGUGGGCGGAGUUUGAGCGUCUGCCGCUCAAAGAGACGAGGUCACUCCCAGCGAUGGGCUCGCGGUCGUCCAAUCAGGCGCUGGAGAGGGAGGUGGCGUCUCUGAGGCAGCAGCUGGCGGAGCUGGGGGCGGGGCAGGGGUGGGAGGGGUCGGGGGUGGGUCAUCAGUGCUGUGGGGCGGAGUCUCGCUGCAGCGACGUUCUCCUGCAGAUGGAGCGCAGACACAGAGCCGUUAUGGAGGAGCAGGAGCAGCGACACACACAGCAGAUCAGCGCUCUGGAGGCGCAGAGAGACGCACUGCUGCAGGAGGAGGCCCGCGCCACCGCCACCGUGAUGGAGGCGUUACAGAAAGCACACAGAGAAGAGCUGGAGAAAAUCACACAACUCAAGGAGACGCGUGGGCUGGACUCACACACACUCAACAAACAGCAGCAGGAUGAGCUGUGUAGUCUGCGGCGGGAGCUCCAGGCGCUGUCUGAGCGUUACUCUCAGCAGUGUGUGGAGCUGAAGCGUGCGCAGCAGCUCAGAGACGACAGCAACACACAGAUCCGACUGAAGGACACACAGAUGGAGCAGCUGAGGAGGGACAAGCAGGAUCUACAGGCACGUCUGACUGAUGAGAUGAAGCUGAUUCGCUCUCUGGCCACAGGUCAGGGGUCAUCCGCAGAGACCGACGACACACACCGCUCCUGCUGUGAGAUGCAGGUCCUGCUGCGGGUCAGAGAGAAUGAGCUGCAGUAUCUACACAGAGAGCUGAACAGCCUCCGCAACCAGCUGCACUUCCUCACCACGGAGAAGAGCAGUGUGUGCGCGCGCUACAGUGAGGUGUGUGAGGAGCUGAGCGUGAUGAAGAGCCGCAGCGAGAGAGAGACGGAGACGCUGAGAGAACACCUGAGACUCGCCCUCAAUGCCUUGAGUGAGGGACACAACAGCCCACAGCACUGACACACACACACACACACACACACACACACACACACACACACACACACACACACACACACACACACUGGAACAAACGCUUCUGCUCUUCUCCUGCCUGUACUGGAGUGUGUGUAUGCACAUGUGAACGCAACGCCGCAAAUAUGGGACCAAACUGGAACAAUGUCUGGAGCUGGACACACACACACACACACACACACACACACACACACCUACACCUGUCAGUCUCUUUGGUUGAUUUGCCAAACUCAUAUCCAAUCAUGUGCCUCCUGUAAUUAGCUGUGUGUGUGUGUGCGCGCACGUGUGUGUGUGUGCGUGCGUGCGUGCGUGCGUGUGUGUGUGUGUGCGCGUGCGUGUGUGUGUGUGUGCGCGUGCGUGCGUGCGUGCGUGUGUGUGUGUGCGUGUGUGUGUGUGUGUGUCCAACUAUUUAGUGCCACUAAAUGGAAGCCGCUUUGCUAGAUUGAGCCAAUGUUUUUACAGAUGUUUGUGUUUUUGUCGUAUUUAAUUGGAGUUUACUGCAGGAAACAUGUUGUACUGUAACUAAUAAAUUUGGGUUCUCCGAUCGUCA